UAUAAACAUCAAACGCCGGCCCUGUGUUUCUCAAAAUAAUUACCUAUACUAUAUUUCCAUGCUCUCGUAUUUUAACUGGGGAUUUAAUUAAGAGUUUAGAUAGUGGGGUAAAGCAAGAUGAGGAAUUUGGCUGCCGAAAACAUGUCUUCUAAGGCUGCACCCUUAUCGUCAGAAUUUCUGAUAACUCUCAAUGAUCCUCGAGUUUUGUGGAAUGAGAACUGGCUGGCGGUGGUUCUUGAAUUGGCUGGAGCAAUACUAAUCUAUCAAGUUUGUAAAAAUGCCAAAAUGAGACAGUCGGAAUCUCGGUUCCUGGUAUUAGCUGCUAUGAUCGCAACGAUGUGCUUUGAAAUACUGCCCUUUUUUCGUGCUGGAUAUGAAUUGUGGUGGUAUCAUCCAGGUUUCCUCAACAUUAUAAGGGCGCGACUGCCUUCCUACAUCAUAAGCUCAUUUGCAUUAACACAGUAUGUUGCUGACUGUUUGACGAAAGAUGCAAAACUCCCCACUUUGACGAGAGCCUUCGUAACAUCGAUUUUCAGUCUCCUCAUAAUAGCUCCCUUUGUCUGGAUGGCUCCUCGUCUACUUCUGAUCACCUACCACUUUGAUGAUCCAGUAUUUAAAGACAGAAUUUUUGACAUUCCUGCCAUACAACUACUUGUUUUGCUCUUAUUAUCCUUCCAUACUUCUCAUUUGUUUUACGAAAAUUGUGAUGAACUCUCACCUCAUCAAAAAAAUACUUCCAACUAUAUACUGUGUGCAUUGCAGUCAGGUUUAGUUGCAGCCAUCUACACCACCGUUGAACAAUAUGUACUUUACAUGUUGUUUAAAUUGACUAUGCAACUCCAUACCGGAACUUGUUUGCUUGUAGCUGGAGCUAUGUUAGCAUACCUUGCUAAAGGCGAAAUAGAAUACUUCCAGCUAAAGACAACUUCAAAGUCAGGAUUCUUUCAACCUUUGAAGAACAAAGCCUUUUGGGGACUUGCUGCAGCAUUUAUUUUUCUGAUAACACUGCCACUCUGGAUGAAUUCUGAGGACAUUAAAUCGACAGGAACUCGAUUGGAACUGGGACCUUGCGGUAUCACGCAUGCUAUAUCCAAUACUAAUCCACUGGACGUUACAAGAAGACGUUUUGUAUGCCCUGAAGAUACAAGAUUGUUGAAUUACGACUUCCAUUGCGUUGCCCAGAAUGAAAUGUCGCAGGCUGUAAAGGACAUCAGAAAGACAUACACUAUUUGUGGGAAAUCAUUCGUGAAUUACCUCCAAACGGUGCAAAUAAUGGCAGUUUAUUCAGUUUUGUGUUUGUUAGUAUUUCAUUCUGUAAUGCGCUUCUCCUUCGCUUUCCAAGUUGAAAAGAAAACAAUUCCUAAAAUAAUUGAGUAAUUCCGGAAAUUAAAAUGUUUUUCGAGUGGAAAGUUAGAUAAUGAAAUUCAAAUAAAUUCAGACUGUAAAGAAAAAAAAAUGCUAUUUAACAUGAAACAGAAUUUUUUUUGUUGUUGUUGCCCUGGUUGCUAUAAGAUCGAUCAUUAAAUUACUUUUUAACUUUGGUUAAUAAGUAAUAAGUUUGCACCCUAAGAGUAAUAUAAAUGCCAAGUUGAUAGUUUUGUAGAAGAUAAAUAAACCUACCACGAAAAAAAACUGCAGUUCAUUUUUUUUUUUUUACUAAUACAUUUUCAUCUUCAUCCAUUGCUGGAGGAUUUUUUCUCUCCAUUUUUUGUUAUCCAAGAUAAACAAAUAUUAUUCAAAUUUUAGUCUUCUAAGCAAUAAAAAACGUGAAUUAAACCUUUGCCUCAUUACAAGGACAUAGAAGUAAAAUUAUAAUUCCUCUAUAAUAGACUUAAAUUGUAUUAAUUGUUUUAAAUUUACCAUAUUUCAAAAAUACAAAAUAAUUAUUCUAAGUGUUUUGAUAAAAGUUAAAUAUUUGAGAUAGGUGUUAAUCAUAGUUAUUUUAGGCUUUUAAGUUAUGGGGCUAAAGAAGAAAUCUUGUAAAAAGACUUUGAAGUACUCAUGUUUUGUACCGGUUACUAAUAUGUCAUUCAGAAACUUACUGGAAAAAAAAUAUUUUGAACUGCAGUAUUGUUAAACAAUUUCAACCGUAAAAAUAAAUCUGUAAAUAAAGUGUUACAAAUAUUUUAAAUUAUUAGAAAGAAAGUACAAUAAAAAUUAGUCAAUUUUUGUCUGUAUUAAGACUGUAUUUUGUUAUGCUUGUUUUUUAUACUGUAAUCAUCUUAUCAUUAUGGUUUCACAUUUUGCUUAGAAGAAAAGGCUAAUAUUUAGUUUGUGUUACCAGUGGACUUUUGCAUAUUUUCAUGACACUGAAGUUUGUGAAAAAUAUUUUUGAAGAAACAAAUAUUAAAAGAAGCUUAAUGUCACAAAAACAAAAGUAUUAGUUUUGCCGACUUAAAUAUUUUUGAAUGUUUUCUUUUACAAAACUAAAGAAAUUCGCACAAUUUGAAGGAGUCAAAGUUAGAAAUAAGUGAAAAACUUAAUCUACAUCAAUUUUUAUUUUACCAUUUAGUGCAGAAACCUUUAAGUGUUCUAAUUUGUAAAAGUAUUAUGAGAAGUUAUGUAUUUUCUUGAAUAACAUUUUAUUGUAUUAACAUUAAACCUUAUGACAUUACUCUCACUUUUAACACCUUUCUUCGAAUGUCAGACCAAAUUUUUGCAACUUCUUUCAAAAAAGCAGUUCAACGUGGAUAAAGUUCCAACACAUUUAUUGACAUAUUUGAAGUUUAAUGUUAGUAGUAAUAUACUUAAUGGUAACAGAACACUUGCACUAAUGUUUUCUUUGUAUAUUUUUUAUAAAAAAUAUAAAUUUACUGAAUACAUUGAAGUAAUAUUUUAAAUUUUUUAAAAUUGUUAUAGAUAUCAAACUCAGUUUGUUCUUUAAAAAAAAUAAAUUAAGUUAUUGUUUUUGUUGUUACUGUGUUAUUUGUUAAAGUGCACAUAUGCAUACUUUGUAAAAUUAAAUGUUUGUAAAUAAAAGUAUCAAAUUGUUUCAUUA